AUGCUGAGUUUCUACUCGUCAAAGGGCGAAUCGGACGCUGUGUACCUACCAUCGGGCCACACGCUUCCGUCGGACAUGUCGCUAUUCUCUUCGGUUCUUGACGACGAUAAGCGCCAUCUGGUUAUGAUCGCCAAGUGCGAGGCAGUUCGCCGCGGAUUGGUCGACCAAGUCAUAAACCAGUUGAGAAAACUGCAUGUGACCGAAACUGAACUUCUUGCCCUCAAGGCCAUCAUGGCUCUCGAUCCUAAUGUGAAGGCUUUGUCGAUGAAGUCAUCUGGGCAUUUGCUUGGUAAGUAUGAGAUCGUCUGAGA